ACCUUCAACUACAUUGUUUUUCCAGUCCUACAAACAACAUGUUGGCCAUUACCAUAUCCAAUGCCCGGACGGCAUUCCGGUUUGCGCAUAGAUCUAUGGCAACUGCCAGUAAGUUCAACAAAACUUCCCAAUUAGACAGAGCCACCUUGACCAUCAAGGAUGGGCCAGUUUUCAGUGGUUACUCCUUUGGAUCCAACAAGAACGUCAGCGGAGAAACCGUCUUCACCACGUCAUUGGUCGGGUACCCAGAGUCCAUGACCGACCCUUCGUACAAGGGCCAGAUAUUAUGUUUCACUCAGCCUUUGAUUGGUAAUUAUGGAGUUCCAUCGACCUCUCAAAAGGACGAAUUUAACUUGUUGAAAUACGUUGAGUCGCCAACCGUGCAGUGUAUUGGGAUUGUUGUCGCAGACGUCGCGUUGGAAUACUCGCACUGGACCGCCGUCGAGUCCUUACAACAGUGGUGUCAAAGAAGUGGAGUGGCAGCCAUAACCGGUGUCGACACCAGGCAAUUGGUGUCAUAUUUGAGAGAAAGAGGUUCAUCGUUGGGAAAAAUCACCAUAGGUGAGGAAUACGAUGCUGACGAAGAUGCUGCUUUUGAAAACCCGGAAACCGUGAACUUGGUGCACAAAGUCACCACCAAAGCCCCAUUUCACAUUGCUUGUCCCAAGAAAUACAGCAAGAACAUACACUUGGCAGUGCUCGACUGCGGUGCCAAAGAGAAUAUCUUGCGUUGUUUGGUCGAAAGAGGUGCUUCUUUGACGGUUUUCCCCUACGAUUAUCCUAUCCAGAAGGUUGCUAAUAAGUUUGACGGGAUCUUCAUUUCCAACGGCCCAGGUGACCCAACCCACUGCUCUUCCACCAUCGAGAACUUGAGAAUUACCAUGAAAACCCACGAUGAUAUUCCUAUUUUCGGAAUCUGUUUGGGCCACCAGCUCUUAGCAUUGGCAUCGGGAGCCAAGACUAUCAAAUUGAAGUAUGGAAAUAGAGCCCAUAACAUUCCAGCUCUUGAUUUGACCACUGGCAGCUGUCACAUCACUUCGCAAAACCAUGGGUAUGCAGUGGACCCAAGUACUUUGAAUAACGAAUGGGAACCAUAUUUCACCAACUUGAACGACUUAUCUAACGAAGGAAUGAUCCAUAAGUUCAAGCCCAUCUUCUCCACACAGUUCCAUCCUGAAGCUAAGGGUGGUCCCUUGGAUACCGCGUUUUUGUUUGACAAGUUUUUUGAGAACAUUGUCACCUUCAAGAACAAGAAUGGAUUGAACUUAUCGAACAUUGAUGACAGUUUGUUGGUGGAUAUUUUGCCCAAAGAGAGAGUUGUAUGAGGGUGGAUGAAUUCGUAUAGCAUAUAGUGCCCUAAUAAAAAAACUAAGAUGUAUUAGGAGGUCUUGUUGACCUAUGAUCCGUUUGCAGCCAAUCAUGUUUGAAGUUGGCUUCAAUGUCCCAAACUACAAAUAUGGUGUGUGAGGAAUGAUUUGUAAGAGAUAUGAAUAACUCACAGGAGGGGUGGGGCCACAAAGAAAAGCAGAAAAGGCAGGGUCCACAUGAAGAGCAUUUCAAAGACCAUCCAAUGCUGUGCUCUGUUUAAGGCACAAAAUGUUGCCAGUU